UUCUGAUUUUAGAAAAUAGUAGCAAAGUCCCGUUGUCCUGAGAUGGCAUUUCGCCGGAGAAACAAGAGCUACCCUUUCUUUAGUCAGGAAUUCCUCAUUCAGAACCAUGCGGACAUCGUCUUUAGUCUGGUGAUUUUCAUUUUGAUUGGAUUAAUGUUUGAGGCAACAGCUAAGACUGCCAUACUAUUCAUUCAGCCUCAGUACAACGUCAGCACACUAUCACCAGAGGGUGAAGUGACGCUGUACCACUACGGAUGGAAGGAUUGUGCAACCAUACUUUUCUAUUUCUUCAUCACCAUCAUCCUCCAUGCUGUAGUGCAGGAAUAUAUUCUGGAUAAAGUGAACCGACGGCUCCAUCUCUCCAAGAGUAAGAACACCAAGUUCAAUGAGUCGGGACAGCUCUGCGUGUUUCACUUGGUGUCCAGUGUGUGGAGUUUCUACAUCCUCAUAACGGAAGGGUACUUGUUACAUCCCAGCAGCCUCUGGGAGAACUAUCCGCAUGUACACCUCAGGUUUCAGGUGAAGUUUUUCUACCUCACUCAGCUGGCCUACUGGCUCCAUGCUUUGCCAGAGCUCUACUUCCAGAAAGUACGCAAGGAGGAGAUUCCUCGUCAGCUCCAGUACAUCUUCCUCUACCUGCUGCAUAUCUCUUCAGCCUACAUGUUAAAUUUGAGUCGUGUGGGGCUUGUUCUUCUCUUUCUACAAUAUGUGUCGGAGCUCGGCUUCCACAUUGCCAGACUGUUCUACUUUACGGAUGAGAGCCAUCAGAAAAUGUUUGACCUGUGGGCAGUCAGCUUUGUGUUUACACGAAUGGUGACUUUGACCCUGAUGUUCCUCGCUGUGGGGUUUGGUUUGGCCCGUGCUGAGAAUCAGGGGCUGGACUGGGAGAUGGGCAACUUCAACACUGUGUUGAUAAGGAUGACAGUGCUGCUACUGGUUUGUUUGACUCAGUCCUGGCUUCUCUGGAAGUUUAUCCGUUUCCAGCUGCGACGUUGGAGAGAAUUCAGGCAUGAACAGGCGGUGCGCAAGAAGACUGCCAUCAAGCAACCCAUACGACCACUGAAGAGAGACUCGCUGGGGCACCAUGAAAACGGAGUUCUCAAAGGUGAGAAUGGAGCGUCUCCUCGGACCAAGAAGAUUAAAGCCCCUUAGGCCCGACCUGCAGUGGUUACCCUGAACAGCAGCCUUAGCCGUGGCUAUGGCUUUUCAUCAGCACAGUGGGUGAAUUGGUGGCUGCUGCCCAUCAACCUCCUGAUGAUUUUGUCCAGAGAUGUCACAGGUGCCGUCACUAUGGACACAGGCUUGAAUGCUGGAAAAAUUGAAAAUCCACGGAAAUUCCUUGAGCCUGACAGACAUUUACUCUUCUCAUCAUAUCAGUAUUUUUUUUUCUACAUCUGCGCUCCCUUUUAGCCCCAACCUUUGGACAUUGUAUAGAGAAUGAUUUGAAAUGUAAAACAAUGUGUGGCACACACUGUAUAUACUGUGUGUGUCAGUGCUUAUCUUCAUACCUGAGUACUGUACUGCUCCUAGUUUGUCUGAUGCUGCCGCUGUUUUGGGCUCUAGUUGAGGAGCUGGCUUUGCUUGUUUUGUAGCCCGAUCCAUCGGUGCAGAAACAUUGUUAAUGAUGCUACGGUAGCCAGUAAGAGGCUUACUGCCAGAUAGCCGUAAUGUUACCCACUACCUAUAUCAGGGAAUGGUGGUGUGUCAAAUAGGUGGGCCUUAAGUGAGAUUUGGCCAGCCAGAAUAGUUGGUCACUUUGCCCCUCCACCUCUUGAUGUCAGUCUAAAAUCCUGCUUUUCUCACUGGUCACUUACAGAUAAGCAUCAUGUUUUGUGUGUUAGAUAUUACAGCAUGCAAUUCCAUGUUUUUCUUUUUUAAAAGAUGUGAUCAUUACUUUCAUUAAAUAAUGCAUU